AUGAAGAUCUACGUGACAUCGGAGAGCAAACUCGACAGAGUCCUUAAGACAACCAAGGUAGCUAUGGCAGAUAUAGGGUUGGACUUUAAUGAGAAGAAGUGCGCUAUUGCCCAUGUAAAGAGAGGAGUCCUGGAUAGCCGCCCUUACAGCAAGCAUGUCGGAGAGUCUCAGAUCAUAGAAAGAUUAGCGAGCAUGGAAUGGAAGGAAGAGCACGAUCUCCUUCUCUACCGGGAAAUACUCGUCUAUCAGCCAUACAAAUUCAAAGAAAGAACGGUCGAAAGAGGCAAAAUUUGGGAAGAAAUUUCGAAUCACCUCAAUACCUGUGAGACCGCCAAAUUCCGUGUAAACAAGCGAUCUGUAAGAGAGCAAUUCAAAUUGAUCAAGGAAAAGUUUAAGCGUAAAAUUCGAGAGGAGGAAAAUUUGUUGGGGAUUGACGUGGAACCCACUUCAGAGCUCAAACAAGCCCUAGAAGAGAUUUGCUCUUUUGAAGAAUCUUUCCCGGUUGAAGAGAAAGAAUCCAAGCAAGCCAAAGAAGAAGAAAACAAGCACAAAGCACAAGAAAUUCGAAAAAAAGCGAUGGAGAGCUAUGGUCAGACCAAAUCAAGAAUUGUUGGAGAUGAAGCUCCCAUGGAACCUAAGGAGAAAAAGAGAAGAGGAGGCAAUGAUUCCAUUGACUUUCUCAGAGAAAAAUCUCAGCUAGAGCUUGAAAUCAGGAAGAGAGAGUUAGAGCUUAAAGAAAAGGAGACAGCGCCAUUGUUUGAGCAGCAAAAGAUGAUGCAAUUGAUGCAGCAGCAACAACAAAACAUGGUGGAGCUACUGUCGAAACUGGUGAACAAGUGA